CUAUCAAAAUGCCUGUUUGGAUAGGUCUGGAAGCUUCAGAGAGGGUGGGGAGAGCCGUUUAUUUAGUUCUGGAACUGGUAUAUCCCGUGGGAAUGCUACAUCAGCAAUGGGGGAUCUGCCUCCAUUGUCACAAUGUCUGAUGUUGGAGCAAAUUACACUGCGGGAUCAGAAGUGCUCUAGGUUAGUUGAAAUAAGGAGAGUUCUGGGGAUUCCUUUUGGAAGCACUGGGGAAGACAAUUCCUUUGGAGCUGCUCACUCAAAGCCUCCCCCUCCUGUGGCUACUGAAGAACUAAAACGUUUCAAGGCAAGUGUGGUAGACACCAUUAACAAGGCCAGGAGUAGAAUAAAAAGGCUGGAUGAAUCCAUAGACAAAUUGAACAAAUAUUGUGAUGCCCUAAACUUAAGGAAGCAACAGCGUAAUGAUCUAUUACCAAAUGAAAAAUCAGUUGGGUUGAGCUCAUUGAAAAUGGGAACUCAGAUUCAUCGAAGCUCUCCAGACCUUGUAUCUCAAAGACUGGAGGACAGGACAAAGAAUGUUGUUAUGAAUAAGCGGGUUCGCACAUCGAUGGCAGAUAUACGGCCAGAAGGCCGAAGUAGUGGUCCCCCAAGGCAGACUAUGGUAAUGGCAAAAGACAGAGAUAUGCUUAAGGAUGGUGGUGUGGGAUCUGAUCUGGUUGAAGAAAAGAUUCGCAGACUGCCUGCUGGAGGUGAGGGUUGGGACAAAAAAAUGAAAAGGAAACGAUCAGUAGGUGCUGUUUUUACCAGACCCAUGGAUAGCGAUGGAGAGUUAAAACGAGCGAUGCAUCAUAAGCUUAACAAUGAAACCGGUCUGCUAGCUGGUGAUGCUCAGGGUAUCAGAUCAGGAUCUUCUAAUGGUAGUAGUGGUGCUAACAAGUUAGAUGGUACAUCCUUGUCUGCCAGUUCAAAUGCCCGUGUGACACAGAAGACUGAACUGGAAAAGGCCUCUCUCUCAAGGGAUCACACAGCUGGAUUGAAUAAGGAAAGGCUUGUAGCAAAAGGAAGCAAUAAGUUAAAUAUCCGCGAGGACAAUAAUGUAGUCACUCCUAGCCCAAUAAUAAAAGGAAAGGCUUCAAGGGGACCACGAACUGGCCCUGUGGCGGCAAAUUCAUCUCUUAAUUUUCCUCGCACAUCUGGAGCACUGGAAGGCUGGGAACAGUCUCCAGGUGUAAACAAAAUCCAUUCAAUAGGUGCAACUAAUAAUCGCAAGCGUCCUAUGCCCACAGGAUCAUCCUCUCCCCCCAUGGCUCAAUGGGGAGGUCAGAGACCACAAAAAAUCUCUCGCACUAGGAGAGCAAAUCUUGUCUCUCCUGUCUCAAACCAUGAUGAAGUGCAAAUAUCAUCCGAAGGCUGCACUCCUGAUUUUGGCGCUAGAAUGGCUUCCACUGGGAACAGUGGGUCGCUUCUUGCCAGGGGUGUGGGUAAUGGCUCUCAACAUGGUAAAAUGAAACUCGAAAAUGUUUCUUCUCCCGCCAGAUUAUCUGAAAGUGAAGAAUCUGGUGCUGGUGAAAACAGAUCAAAGGAAAAAGGAAUGGGCAGUUGUGAAGCAGAGGAAAGAUCUGUAAAUGGAAUUCAGAAUGUUGGGCCUUCAGUGUUGCUUGCAAAGAAGAACAAAAUUCUAAUUAGGGAAGAAAUCGGAGAUGGUGUGCGGAGACAAGGACGAAGUGGAAGGGGCUCGGCAUUUUCUAGGGCUAGCAUAUCACCAAUGAGGGAAAAGUUUGAGAAUCCAACUACAACAAAACCACUUCGAAGUGCAAGGCCUGGUUCUGAUAAGAAUGGAAGCAAGUCAGGCCGUCCUCCUCUUAAAAAACAGUCAGAUCGAAAGGCGCUUACACGUGUAGGGCAAACUCCAAAUAGUGGUUCUCCAGAUUUCACAGGUGAUUCAGAUGAUGAUCGUGAAGAACUACUAGCAGCUGCAAAAUUCACUGGUGAUGCUAACUAUCUUGCCUGCUCUGGUUCAUUCUGGAAAAAAAUGGAACCUUUUUUCGCUUCUGUCAACUUGGAGGACACAUCCUAUUUGAAGCAAGAGCUGCAACACAUGGAGGAGCUCCAUGAAAGCCUAUCUCAGAUGUCUGGCAAUGGCAAGAAUGCCUUGAAUGAUCGAGUACAUGAAGAAAGUUCUCGGUCUCAAACCCAUGCUUCUGGAGAGAGAGAGAAAAACCCGAUGAAUCAAAUUGGAUCUAAGGAGUCUGCUAGGUCUGAGAAUUUGGUUGAUCAAUUCCAGGAUGGUGAUGCUGCCAUAUAUGGAAGAUUGAAUGCAGAAAGAAGGUUUAACAAAGUUACCCCACUGUACCAAAGAGUAUUAUCAGCUCUUAUCAUAGAAGAUGAAACUGAAGAAGAAGAAAAUGGUGGACAAAGAAAUAUGUCUGUCCAAUAUUCUAGAGAUGACUCUUCUGCUGGCGCUUGCCUUAAUGUUGAUAUUGACCCUCAAAGAAGGGAUGAGAUGGAAUCUGAAUAUGAUUCUGUCUUGGGUCUUCGACUGCAGAAUAUAUAUUCCCCUGAGAAAUUUUCUUGUAAUGGGAGUACCACCUUUAACAAGGCCCCAACUGUGUUCAAUCUUUCAUGUAGUGAUGACCUUCUUCAUGGAGUUCAUAUUUCUAAGCAUUCAGAUGUUGGGUCUCUCUCUGAUAUUUUUCAUGACUGCCUGGAUGUUCCACAAGCUGUUCAGCCAAAUGGUUCUGGCAUUUCUUCCUUUGAGUUCCGAUAUGAGCAGAUGUCGCUGGAAGACAAACUAUUGCUGGAGCUGCAUAGUAUAGGCCUAAAUCCAGAGACUGUGCCUGAUCUAGCAGAAGGAGAGGAUGAAGUAAUUAAUCAAGAAAUUAUGGAACUUGAAAAGAAACUUUACCAACAGGUUGGGAAGAAGAAGAUGCACUUAAACAAAUUAUCUAAAGCUAUUCAAGAGGGGAAGCAAGUGGAAGAACGUGCCCUUGAGCAGGUUGCAUUGAAUAGACUUGUUGAGAUGGCAUACAAAAAGCAGUUGGCCACUCGAGGAAGCAGUGGGUCAAAAAGUGGUGUCAGUAAGGUCUCAAAGCAACUUGCAUUGGCUUUUAUGAAGAGGACUCUUGAUAGAUGUAGGAAAUUUGAAGAAACAGGCAAAAGUUGCUUUAGUGAGCCUGCACUUCGAGAUGUUAUUUUGGCUGCACCUCUUUGCAGCAAUGAUGCAGAAUCUAUAAUUCAUCCUGAAGGUCUUAAGUGUCAACCAGAGCCCAGGGCAUCAGGCUCCUUUACCAACAGGGCUGGGCGGAAUGAUUAUAAUAAUGAUAAAAUUGAAAGGGGAUUAUUAGACACACAUGAAACACUAAACCACUCAUCUGACCAAGAUUUUGCCAAAAGUGGCCCAAUAUUGAACAGAGGAAAGAAGAAGGAAGUGCUGCUUGAUGAUGUUGGUGGCAGUGCCUCCUUGAGAGCCACAUCAACUCUAGGCAACAAUCUUUUGGGUGGAGCAAAGGGAAAAAGAAGUGAGAGAGAGAGAGACAAGGAUGGUCUAGCAAGAAAUUCUGCUGCCAAAGCUGGCCGUCCAUCACUUGGAAACUUCAAAGGUGAGCGCAAGACAAAAACAAAGCCCAAGCAGAAGACUGCUCAGAUAUCGACUUCAGGAAAUGGAUUUGUUGGCAGGAAUACAGAAGCAACACCUCCUUUGUACCCUUCAUUUAGUGGUUCCGAUGAAUUGAUUACCAAUGAUAGCAAUAAAAAAAGAGAAGUCGGGUUGAUGUCUCCUGGUAAUGUUCCCCAAGAUUCAUUUAAGGAAGUCAAGGAACCCAUGGACUUUCCGAGCUUGCAGAUUCAUGAAUUAGACUCGAUAGAAGAACUAGGUGUAGGCAGUGACCUGGGUGGGCCUCAAGAUCUCAGUUCUUGGUUGAACUUUGACGAGGAUGGCUUACAAGACCAUGAUUCAAUGGGCCUUGAAAUACCUAUGGAUGACCUCUCAGAUUUAAAUAUGAUUCUGUGAGGACUGUACACUGUAUAUUCCUGUGGAUUAUUCAACUGUUUAGAUGAGAAUGAUAGUGCUGUUGUCAAGGGAAAACAGCUGUUUUGAGUUUUAUCUCAGGCAAAUUGGCACUUGUAAUUAUGGCAAUUCUUUUUGUAUACUUCUUUAAAGAAGUCGAUUUAGGAAUCAUUAUUGCUUAAGUGGUCCGGAUAAUUUCUUUCCUUGUAAAACACUACAGUUUUCUUUCAGAGCCAUAUAUGUUCAUCCUGCUUCUUGCUUGUAA